AUGGGGAACCUGACAAUGCUGCUGGUGAUCAGAGCUGAUUCUCACCGCCACAUGCCCAUGUACUUCUUCCUGAGUCACCUCUCCUUCCUGGAUGCUUUCUAUUCCUCAGUCAUUGUGCCUAAACUGCUAGAGAACCUUCUUUCCAAGUGGAAGACUAUAUCCCCCCUUGAGUGUUUCACCCAGAUCUCCUUGGUCAUAUUUUCCAGGGCCGCUGAAGCUUGCCUCCUUUCAGUCAUGGCUUAUGACUGGUUCCAGGCUGUGUGCCACCCACUGUUGUAUGUGGUGGCUAUGAAUAAGAAGGUAUUUACUGGCCUGGUGGGAGCAUCGUGGACCAUAGGAAUGGGGACUGGCCUGGUUAACAGCAUCCGUCUGGCUCAGCAGCACUUCUGUGGCCCCAAUCUUGUCCGCAGUUUUGCCUGCGAGCUUCCCCCAGUGCUCCUGCUGACCUGUUCGGACCCCUAUGUUAGUGUUGCCUCCAUCCUGACCACCAUGGCUGUCCUGGGCCUUGGUACGCUUGUCUUAUUGCUGGGCUCCUACACUCGUAUCAUCAUGACAGCCCUGGGAAUCAACUCUGCCAUGGGUCAGAGCAAGAUCUUUUCCACCUGCUCUUCUCAUUUUCUUGUGGUCACCAUCUUUUAUGGUUCAGGAGUUUUCAGGUACAUGACCCCAGCAUCUGGCUCAGCCCUGGAGCAAGUACUCUCUGUGCAGUACAGUGUGGUGACCCGCUGCUAA